GUCGGUUAUGGGUCGCUUGCCAUUUCAUCGCCUUCCCGAGCCAUGGUCCUCGCUUCCGUGGGCGCGUCCGUGUACGCGGUCUGGUCGGCGGUCGCGUCGCCGUGGCAGCAGCUCGCCGCCAUGCAUCAUGUGCGCGGGCCCGCGCCUGCCCGCGUCGAGCUCGGUGUUCGGCCGUACUUUCUCGUCGAGGACAUGGCCGCGUCGCCGCUCCAAGCGAAGCUGCGCGCCUGCGCCGAGGGCCCCAUGGACGUACAUCGGACGUCGUUUGCCAUUGGCCACCGUGGCGCAUGCCUCCAGUUCCCAGAGCACACGCGGGAGUCGUACCUCGCGGCCAUCCGCAUGGGCGCCGGCCGCGUCGAGUGCGAUGUCGCGUUCACGCGCGACCACGGCCUCGUCUGUCGCCACAGCAUGAGCGACCUGCACACGACGACCAACAUCUUGCUCACGCCACUCGCCGCCAAGUGCCAUCGCCCGUUCACGCCGUACAACCCCACGACCGGCGAGACCGCCACCGCCGAAUGUCGGACGACCGACAUUACGCUCGCCGAGUUCAAGACGCUCCGCGGCAAAAUGGACGGCUUCAACCCAACAGCGACGACCGUCGACGAGUACGUGGCGGGGACGCCAACCUGGCGCACAGAUCUGUACGCAGGGCCGACCAGCGGGACGCUCAUGACGCAUGCUGAGAGCAUUGCGCUCUUCUCGGCCCAUGGCGUGCAGAUGACGCCCGAGCUCAAAGAGCCGAGCGUCUCAAUGCCGUUCCACGGCUUCUCGCGCCACGACUUUGCCGACAAGAUUGUCCAGGAGUACAUUGACGCCAGCAUUCCGCCGUCCCACGUGUUUCCUCAAGCAUUCGCGUACGACGACAUUGUCUACUGGCUCAGCGCGCACCCGGCAUUUGGCGCCAACGCAGUCUAUCUCGACGAUGCCAACACCGUCGACGAGCUGCCGUCACACGACCAGCUCGUAGGCUACAAGGCGGCCGGCAUCAACAUUGUGGCGCCGCCCAUCUGGGCACUUCUGACGACGAACGGCGAGGAUGGUCGCGUCGUGCCGUCCUUGUACGCACAGCACGUCAAAGCCGCCGGUCUCCGCAUCGUAGCGUGGAGCUUGGACCGCGCCGGUAUCCUCGCCGAGACCCGCGGCGGGUGGUACUACCGGACCAUUCAGAGUGCAAUUGCGCGCGAAGGCGACAUGCUCGAGACACUCCAUGUGCUUACGCAGGACGUGGGCAUCGAGUCAAUCUUUGCCGACUGGGUCGCGACCCCCGUCUUUUACGCCAACUGCGUCGGUCGAGCCUAACCGCCUCAUGCAUCUUGCAUCUACGUACGAAGUUGUUGUCGACACUCAUAUGC